AUGACCUCCCUCGUCGACCUUUACAAUGCUCGGCGCGCAGAAGAACUUGGUGUGCCUGAUCCAAGCACUUCCGCGCCGACACUUACCACCGACGUCCGCACAGAGACCAUAUCUGUCCAUUGCCAGAGGAACCCACAGCCCACCUCAUUAGCUGACCUGUACAACCAGCGCUACGAAUCCGAAAGGAAUCCACAGGUCGACCACGAGUCGCGAACCUCGUUCGCACAGCCUUCCUCCUUCAGGCCUCCAACUCAGAACAAGCACGCCGCAAUCCCAUCAAGCGCAGUCUCCGUCGACUCGGACAGCGAUGUGAGCACGAGAUCCUUACGAGGCUUCUUACAGACCGAAACGGACGAACUCGAACAUGAGGCCGACGAAUCCGGCGCAUCCGACGAUUCCGACGUAGCAAUGAUUUCCGCAGCCAGAAGCCAAUCGCGCAGCGUUUCCGUGUCCGUAGCGCCUCAAGGAGCCCGCGUCAGGUACGUUCCUCGCACGCCCGUCCCGCGCAGAGGCGCGCUCAAUCCGUCGGCAACGCCCUUGCCUGACGACGGUCACGAUGAUCUCGAUGACGCGGUAACGCCCGAAGCGGAACCACCAAGCGCGUCUGCGAGCUCGAAUACGGCGCCCCUGCCGGUCCGUCCACACCCGUCGUCAUCCAAGCUCGUUGUGCAGUCGGAGUCCUCCGAUACGCCGCACACUGCUGAGUCGGAUACCUCCGAGCCACCCAGAGCCCCGCAGCAUCUCGAGCGUGUAGCUCUCCCGCGUCACACUCUGGCGGAUACGGAAGAGACAAGCGGCACUGAAUCGGCUCUGGCGCAUCACCAUGUGCCUGCGCGUGUCGGCAUAGCACGACUCCAAGACAUGGAAGCGGGCGACGACGCUGUAAUCGUUGUGGUCGAUGACUCUUCCGCCGAUGAGGCGUACACGCGCCCAACCCCAAAGCUUCCUGGCCAAUCCGCACGCAGCGCUUCUGCAUCCUCACGCUUUGCCAACGCCAACCCUGUGGUGGUGCUCCCCGAUGCCAAGCAGUCAAUGCAUCUGCUGGAUGUGGAGAUGGGCAGCUCAUCGGACACGUCACACGCUCUACAGCCUUCGUCGGAUCACGUCCUCAAUGGUGGCUUGCAACCCAAAAGCAUUGUCAUUGACGACUCAAGUUCGCAAGCAACUCCGGCCACUGGCUCCGACAGCGAGGCUUUCCGACGCUAUCCGAAGCGCGCGCGCAACGUCACAGAUUACAAUGUGCGGCGCGCCUUCGAGCGAUGGGAGCGGCAGCAUGCUCAAGAGGCGUUAGCGCAAGUCAGCCAUCCAGCUCGACAAAGGGGAAAGACGCUGCCCGUGGUCCUUGCGUCGUCGGAGUUCCUCGAUCGUGUCCGUCAGGGCGCUACAAGCACAUCUCACACGCGGCCAAGGCCACAGAGCUCUUUCGCCGACUUCCUUCUCGCAAAGGCGCAGUCUGCCGCUUCGGCUGAGCCGACCUUCCCUGCCGCUUCGACCCGCAGUGCGCACCCUGACAGGGCGUUGACCGUAGCCAAGGCGCGCCAACUACCCACCCGCACCCUGCAUCCAGCAGCAUUUUGGGACCUUCCUGUGCGCGCCGACCGCGAAGGUCUAGCUCAGCUCCCGCUCAGCACGCGUCGCGCGCUCGGCCUCGGACCCGCUCCGCCUCCGACAAGCCCGCAGAUCCCUCCACCCGCCAAGCGUAAAAUCUUGUUUGGUGAGCUGCUUUCUUUGCAGGAACAGUGGCCCAAGGCAGCACAGCGGCGCAUGCAGCUCGAGUCUUGUGUCGGCGAGGGGCGCCUGGGGCGGUCACCGAAUGCCGAAGGACUCGACAGCGUGGCGCGGCAUCUGCGUGCCGGACGAUCGUGCAAGCUUCCUCUGCCGGACGCGCUGAGCGUGCUGUCGGACAUGGAGCGGCGCGAGUGGUUGAGGUUCGAAGAAGGGCAGUCGGACCUCGAGCGGCUUGCCGAGGAGGAUCGCGCGCGCGAGCGCGGCCUCGUCAUGGUCGACGUCAACGACUGCGGGUGCGUCAAAACGCAGAUCGACGGCGCGGGGCGUACGCGCUUUGCAAAGGUGACGUGCGCGACGGGUGGAACGAUCCGCGUGUACUUUGAUCUUCAGCGCUCCGAGGCCGCAAUCUCGCAGGAAGAGGAGAGCGAGCAGAGGAUGGAGAUCGUGCGCACGGCUUCGCCUGCCAAGCUGACAUCUGCGUCGCGUUUAGCGGGUAAGCAGGCCGUGCCAAACUCAGACUCUGCUUCAGAGGAGAUGGUUCUGGACGUGGUGGACGUGGAUGAUGACGAAUUGCCCGUCGAAGCGCAGAUGUACGACAGCGACGACGACGACACUCCUGUCGAAGUGGAGAUGCUGGAAGACGACGAUGAUGACGACGCAUCGGUUCGGGAAGUGACGCCCGUGCCAGUGGCAAGCACUGCCCUAAAUCGCGGGCGCAUCGAUGACUUAUUCUCCGUACGGACGUCCAGAUCGCCCGGACUGGAGCAGCCUAAUGGCUCGGCAGCAAUUCCACUUCCCAGACCCGGCCAGGCCGCUGCCGCUAUUCCUUCUUCCUCUUCAACGCAACCCGCUGCACGCGCCGCCAUCUCCAAAUCACGCAGCGCUUCCGACAAGAGCCCGCGCGACCUUCGCUCAUACUUCACACUCCUGCCGUCUCCGUCAAAGCGGGCUCGGUCGCCGUCUCCCACUGGUCAACGCGGGGCGCUCGGCUCUCUGAGCGCUGUAGCGCGCGGAAAGCAACGUGCGGUAGAGAAGUCUGCGGCGGAAGACUCGCUGUCGACAGCCGAGGUCUCCGAGUGGAUCCCCAGCCAGUCGCCUUCGCAACAGGUCGAGGUGGUCUUAGACGCGCCCACACCUGCUUCUAUGCGGGAGAUGAUUGGAACGCCGCGCAAGAAGCGCGCACAUUCGCCCGAAACCUCAUUCCGCAAGCCCAAGCACACAAAGGCUGCCAAAGCGGCCGAGCCAAGUUCACAGCAAGAACGACUCGCGCGCGCACCAGGAAUCAAGCCCAAGAAGAGGAAGGCCACAACCGCACAGCAACGACGACCGCCCAAGGCGACACCGUCCCCUUCGCGCGGAGGUUGGCGAGGUCUUUCGUCCUGGUACACUGCACGAGACGCCUUCACUCCGACUCCCGACACGCCGAACCCACGCAAACGUCACUGA